UUAAACUUACAUAAGUUGGUAACACUGCUGGUGGGCUGGAGAAGAAAAUUGAGGAAUAAAACCCAAACUUAGACAUAAAGAAUUAUGUCACAACGCAAUCAUAGAGUGGACCGGUUCGCCCAAAUGACGAAGCAGGAGGAGAUCAUAGCCAAGAAGCGUCAGGAAAUUCUCGAGAAGCAGAAGACGGCGCAGUUGGCCAAGGCGGUGGCUGCGGCGCAAAACUUAGCGGCGCAACUGAAAACGGAGACGCCUUCGGGAAAACCUCAAUCCAACGAGGAGGAGGAGGACGAGGACGUCCAACAGCAGGACGCUGCGGGCCAGGACACAUCCCUUCACACUGGCGAAGACGGCAAUGGCGUGGAGGCGGGUCUCCCCGAGAGCUCACCCGCCAAGGGAAAGUCGGAGGACGUGGUUACCCCCAAGUCCCUAAAUAGUUUUAACAGCAAGACGGGUAAAAUUACGUUCGGCCAGAAGCGCCAGCAGCUACCACAGCCCAAUGUGGAGCAGCCGCCACCGAAGGUCAAGAACACAUUCUGCAACGACGGUUCUUUUCUGGAAAACUUCAAAAAAAUACUCGAAAAACACGAGAAGCCUCCUCAGCCCUUACUAGUUUCACCAGCUCCAGUAAACAGCGCCGAGGAAAACCAUCCCCUGGAAACGGGAACAGAACAGUCGGAAAACAGCAGUCCUCAGCUAGAGGCGGCCAUUGCCAUCAGCUCAGCGGCAGCCAUGGCCACCUCCAUUACGGUGACCAGCUCGGCACCAACGCACUUGGCCUUCGGACUGCCUGUCCAGGCAGUGCAGCCGCCGCCGCCUCCGCCUUUCGCCUUCAAUGCUACGCUCCUACAACAGGGACCACCGCAGAUGCAACUGCCAGCGGCGUUCUUCCACGGCCACCUACCCCUGCAUCUGCACCCGGCGGCAGUCGCUCCACCACCGCCGCCUCCGCCUCCGCAGCUGCCGAUCGCUCUGGCCAACAUGGGACAGAUUUACAUGCAGAUUGGACCGACACCAGUGGAGGCUAUGCAGCUGAAUGCCAUUCCGGCACCCAAGGAGUUCGAUCUAAACGCCAUACCCAAACCGCAAAUCAACCUAGAGGCUAUACAAAUGCCAAACAUUGGUGGGCAUUCGGGAGAUCAGCUUGGUCUGCUGCCGGAACACAUGGCCAUGUCGGUCAAUCCUCACCCACCGCCUCCGCCGCCACCUGCGCUGGAGGAGAUGGAGCAAAAGCAGCAGCAGCCACAGCCACAGCCACAUUUGUCACAGGCGGUGCCUCCACAGCCGCCUCAGCCUGCAGUUGCCCCACCUCAAGUUUUUUCAGAAACGUGCAUACAAUUGCCAACGUGCUUAGAAAACCUAAUCGCACUGGUCGCGGAAAAUGGUGAAGAUUAUGAAGAUAAAAUACGUUUGCAUAGAAGCGAGUUGCAUCCGGCCUUGUGGUUUCUUUAUGAUAAGAGCUGCGAGCAGUAUCGAAGCUAUCGCUCCCAACUCCUUGACUUCGAGCGCCAGCGCCUUGAGCGACAACGGGAGCGGGAGCAUCAGCAGCUAAGCCGAGACCAACAGCCCCAGCCAAAGGAGCAGGAGCAACUGGCACAGCAGGAGGAGCAGCACAGCAACUCGGCGGCCGACAAGUACGACCCGGAGUCGGCCAUCAGCGCGGAUUUCGACUCGGACGAUGAGUACAUGCGAGGCAUGAUGGACCGCAACCGGGAUAACAUCAAGCGGCGCAUCGAGUGCCGCAACGAGCUGAGCGACGAGGAGCGUCGCGAGCGGGAGGAGGCCGCCGCCGCUGGAGGAGCGGCUGAUGGCGAUGACCAAGACGAGCAGGAGGACAAGGAUUCGCAGCGGCAGCGACGGAAGCGCGAGCGAAAAAGCCGCUGGGGCGAGAAGGAGCAACAGAUGCCAACCUCAAGUUCCUCUGGAAACUUUGGUAACCAAAACAAGCCCAUGCUGAGCAACAUCACGCGCACAGAUCCUGCGCUCUUGCAAUAUGCUAGGCUUAACUAUGGCUCCACUCAGUUGAGUGAGGAGCAGUGGAAGCAGUGCGAAGAGCACUACAAAGUCAAUCUCCUGUAUCAGGACAUGAUGCGCAAGCGGCAGGAAAUCGAUCGCCUUGCGCGCGGCGGGAAGUUCAAGUACGAAUACGACUCCGACGAGGACAUUGAGGGCGGAACGUGGGAGCACAAGCUGCGGACAGCUGAAAUGGAGGCCACGUCACUUUGGGCUAACGCCCUGACCAAGCAAAGCGAGGGCAAGCAUCACAUUGGCGACUUCCUGCCGCCCGAGGAGCUCAAAAAGUUCAUGGAGCAGUACGAGGCGAAGAAGAACAACCGCCAGCCGGAUCUGAGCGACUACAAGGAGUACAAGCUGAAGGAGGACAACAUUGGAUUCCAAAUGCUGCAGAAGCUCGGCUGGAAGGAGGGUCAAGGUCUGGGCCAGGACGGAGCCGGAAUCGUGGAUCCCGUUAAUAAGGCUCCUCAACGAGAUGGAAAUCAAGGGCUCGGGGUAAGCAGCGCUGCGCUGCCGGAGGACUGCGACAAUGAAUACGAUGCCUACAGGAAGCGAAUGAUGUUGGCCUAUCGUUUUCGCCCAAACCCAUUGAACAAUCCUCGUCGCGCGUACUACUAGAAAUACCUUUGAUCCCCACAAUCCAGGAUCCUUGUAUCCCCAUAUCCUGGAUCCGCUUAUUUUACUGCAACUUUUGCUGAAUAAAAAUGUCCUUGUUUAAAUUAAACAACGGCGGUUAGUGUACUUUAA